AUGGCGUCGGGCCACUCGACGCUCAGCCUGGAGGAUGAGCUGAACUGCCCGCUGUGCCGGCAGCUGUACUCCGACCCCGUGAUCUUGGACUGCGGGCACGACUUCUGCCGGGAGUGCAUCAGCAAGAAGUGGGAGGUGGAGCAGAGAGCGCAAUGUCCCGAGUGCGGGCAGAUCUUCCGGGACCGCAGCCUCAAGCCCAACCGAGCCCUGAGCAAGCUGGUGAAGAAGACCCGGAAUGUCUCCCUCAGCAUGAAAGUCAAGAGCAACAGGCCUUACUGCACUGACCACGAAGAGGAGCUGAAACUGUUCUGCGAGACGGACAAGAAGCUCAUCUGCGUGAUGUGCCUGGACCGGCGCGACGGCCGGAGCCACAAGGCGCACAACUUCAUGCUCAUCAACGAGGCGGUGGAGAUCUACAAGGGUAAACUGAAGGUGUACCUCAACUCCCUGAAGCAGAAGAGGAGUUACUACCAUGAGUUUGAGGUUAAGCAACAAGAGAAGAUCACAGAGAUCAAGGACCUGUCGAGUAAACUGCAGAGCAACAUGACGAGAGAGUUUUCCAAAAUGCGCAGCGCUCUGGACGAGAAGCAGCAGUUCCUCUUCAACGACCUCGCGGCGCAGGAGGGUGACAUCCUCACCAGGAUGGGGGUGAACCUCCGCAAGAUCCAGGACAACCUGAGCCGCACGCAGCAGAUGCUGAUGAACAUACAGAGGCGGCUGGAACACCAGGACGUCUAUAGCAUGCUGAAGGUUAGCCACUCGCCGUGCUGCGCUGAAACCGGUGGCGCAGACCCCCCUACUGAAGACGGUUACCAGCCAACGAUAUUGGAAGAAAACCUACCUGUCAGUUCAUUCCAAGGACCUCUGCAAUAUAGAGUUUGGAAACAAGUUAUAGAUGUUAUUAAUCCCGUGCCAGCCUACCUGACGCUGAACCCCAACACGGCGCACCCUCGCCUCCGGCUGUCCGACGAUCUGACGGUCGUGUCCUACGGCGACGUGAAGCAGGAAGUUCCCGACAACCCCGAGAGGUUUGACACCUGUGUGUGCGUGCUGGGGUUGGAGGCCUUCUCGUCCGGCAGGCACUACUGGGAGGUGCAGGUGGGCAGCAAGACUGAGUGGGACGUGGGAGUGGUCAAGGAAUCCAUCGGCCGGAAGGGGCACACCACCGCCACGCCGGAGGCUGGCUAUUGGAUUGUCUGGCUCCGAAAUGGUAAUGAGUACAAAGCGACAACGGUGCCGAGGACACGCCUGAAUGUAAUGGUGAGACCCAAGGCAGUUGGCGUCUACCUGGACUAUGAUGCUGGACAGGUGUCCUUUUACAACGUGGACAAUAUGACUCACCUGUACACUUUCAUUGACACCUUUUCAGAGAGACUUUUUCCUUACUUCAGCCCGGGGAUUAAUGACGAUGGGGAAAAUUCGGAACCGAUGAAAGUCCUCCCAGUCAAAUGUCACGAUGAAUAG